CGAGCCGUUGCCGGCUGUAGCCACCAGCGCCGGGUCGCCGGGUCGCGGGGGGCCGCGGCGCUCGGGCCGCGUCCGUGCCUUCUCGGGCGCACUGCGCGGCCGUCGCUCCUGCCCGCGCUCGUGCCGCCGCCGCCGCCGCUGCCGCCACUGCCGGUUACGCCAGCCCCGCCGCCGCCGCCGCCCGCUCUGAUUCUGCGCAUAGGCAGCCCCCAAGCCUGUCAUUCUGCAAAAACACAGUUUACUCAACACCACACACACACACACACACACACCACACUCGCGCGCGCGCGCACACAUACACACACACACACACGCACACUAGCCCCCGCGCGCACACGCAAGGAGGGCGCGAGCGAGCAGACGCGCACACCCCGGCGAGCCAAGUUCCGCAGCCUGGCAUGGCUUCUGGGGACCUUUACGAGGUGGAAAGGAUUGUAGACAAGAGAAAGAACAGGAAAGGAAAAUGGGAGUACCUCAUCCGAUGGAAAGGCUACGGCAGCACGGAGGACACGUGGGAGCCUGAGCACCACCUGCUGCACUGUGAGGAGUUUAUCGAUGAGUUCAACGGGCUGCAUGUGUGCAAGGACAAGAGGGCCAAGGCAGGCAAGCAGCCGGGCGCCGCCAAGCUCCUGCGGGAUGGCCGCAGCACCUCCGUGGACAAGCUCCCACCCAGGCCUGCUGAGCCCGGGAAGAGCAGAGGGACCUCCCACAAGCGGAAGCGCAUCAACCCUUCCCCAUCGUCCAAGCCAAAGAAGGGGUACUCGGGCAAGCCCCCCGGGGGAGGCGACAGGGCCGCUAAGACCGUGUCUUACAGGACUACACCCAGUGGCUUGCAGAUCAUGCCCCUGAAAAAGGCACAGAAUGGCGUGGAGGACGGGGAUGCCAGCUCCGAGAAGGACGAGCAGCACCUUGGCAAUGGCUCUGGUCAGCCUGACCUGGAUUUGAACGACCACUUGGGCGAGCAGGACGCAGGCGAGUGUGAUGGUGACCAUGCAGCCCUGGCAGAGAAUGGCCUUGGCUCGGCUCUGACCAACGGGGCGUUGAACCUGCACAGCUCUGUGAAGCGGAAGAUGGACUCAGAGAAGGACUACGUCUUCGACAAGAGGCUCAGGUACAGCGUCCGCCAGAACGAAAGCAACUGUCGGUUUCGAGACAUCGUUGUGCGGAAGGAGGAGGGGUUCACGCACAUCCUGCUGUCCAGCCAGACCUCAGACAACAACGCGCUGACACCCGAGAUCAUGAAGGAGGUGCGGCGAGCACUGUGCAAUGCCGCCACAGAUGACAGCAAGCUGCUGCUGCUCAGUGCUGUGGGUAGCGUGUUCUGCAGUGGCCUGGAUUAUUCCUACCUGAUCGGCCGGCUGUCCAACGACCGCCGGAAGGAAAGCACCCGUAUCGCUGAAGCCAUCAGGGAUUUUGUGAAGGCCUUCAUCCAGUUCAAGAAGCCCAUCGUGGUGGCCAUCAACGGGCCAGCCCUGGGCCUAGGAGCAUCCAUUCUGCCCCUCUGUGACAUCGUGUGGGCCAGCGAGAAGGCCUGGUUCCAGACGCCCUAUGCCACCAUCCGCCUCACGCCUGCCGGCUGCUCUUCCUACACCUUCCCCCAGAUCCUGGGUGUGGCACUGGCCAACGAGAUGCUGUUCUGCGGGCGGAAGCUCACUGCACAGGAGGCAUGCAGCCGGGGCCUAGUGUCACAGGUCUUCUGGCCCACCACGUUUAGCCAGGAGGUCAUGCUGCGGGUCAAGGAGAUGGCAUCCUGCAGUGCCGUGGUGUUGGAGGAGUCCAAAUGCCUGGUCCGGAGCUUCCUAAAGUCUGUGCUGGAGGAUGUGAACGAGAAGGAAUGCCUCAUGCUCAAGCAGCUGUGGAGCUCUUCCAAGGGCCUGGAUUCCCUCUUCAGCUACCUGCAGGACAAAAUUUAUGAAGUCUGAAGGGCCCUGGGCCGCCUGCCCCAGCACCUGGCAGCACCUGGCUUUCCACUCUGAAUUCAGAGCUCCGGUGUCCGCUUCGGCUAAGGAGCUCGGCCCGGUGUCCCUUCAUACCUAGAGUUGUGUCUGUGUCUUUGUGUUCUUUGGUUGUUCCACAUUGGUUUGAGUUUUGUUUAACAGUGGGAAACACAGCGUGCUUGGCCUCUCCCGUGUCCCCGCCCCCACUGGCCAGAGAACUCCCCAGGGCUGAUCUUCCUGGGGGUGGCCAGGUCCCGCUGUUCUUUCCCCACUUGCUGGUCCAGGCAGCGGAAGGCCGCUGGCCUCUUUCUGACUCAGGCUGUGUGUACACAGUGCCUCUGACCGGGGCUGUGGCCGUCAGGGCGCUCUCCCGUCAGUGUGGUUUGGGAGGACGGUGGGGAAUCCAGAGUGAUGAGCACAACGAUGGUUUAGACCCGACUUCAGUCUCCUCUCUGACACAAAUCUGUGCAACUCUUAGGGCUUGGUCUCGAAACCCGAUGGCGUGAUUUACAAACCCAGAUAUUGUACAUUUAGAAAAUGUUUUGUUAAAUAUAUAUUUUUAAAAACAACAUAAGUGGAAAUUCUGAUAAUUUAUGUGUAUUAUAUGUAAAGCUAGUUUUACAAAAACAUGAACUACUAGGAAAAUGUUUUAUGUUUUUUUUUCCUUUCUUUACACAGACUUAUUUAUUUAUUUUUGUUUACGUAGGAUGACGUCUGUUUCCACAAAUCUUACUUCCACACUGCCCUAGACCAAAUCCCAUACGAGGUGUGUGCCCGCUGGGUGCAUUUCAGCAACGAACCCCACAGAUGAAAAAGGAAAGGUUUCUGUGGGGAAAAGGAAUAGCCGUGCCUCUGACCCUGUGUGUGUAAAGUGGUUCUCCGCUGUAAUGCCGUGAACAGCAGUUCUGUAGCCUGGUACUUGGCAGUAGCUGUGCAAGGAGUUUUCCUCUUCUGUCUACCAUCCUUAGGGAGGCAAAGAGCUCCCUGAUGUACCAGGAAGGCAUGAGGAACCCGGUCCCACCCGUGGAUGGCACAUUGUCUAGAGUGAGACUUUUUUCUUUGGAGGAUAGCGCCUGAUGUUUGAGGCGAUCGCUUUUCCAUGUGGGCAGCGGUUUCAUGUUUGGGCGUUCAGGGGAGUCGGGGAAGACUUCCUGCUCUGCAGAGCCGCCUGUUAGCAGGUCAGAUUUGGGUCCAGAAGCCGGAGGGCCUGCCUGUUUCUUUAGUUGCUUUUCCACAGAGGGAAACAGUGAUUGGGGGUGGUCUGCCAGCUGCGGGGACCCCCACCUGGAUGGGGAGACCCUCAGAUGAGGCCCCUGGGUUUGGUUUUGGCUAAAAAUGAGACUGUAUGCACCAAGGUUUGAGCAGAGGGAUGGAAGAGCUGUGCUCCCUGUGGGGCUUUGACCCAUUACGGUGAAGCACGUAGUCUCAGGGUGCUGGGAUUUGUUCAUUUCCAUCACAUCCUGAGAAAUCCUUUGGUUUUCCCCUUCUCUUUUGCUGUGAGUUGCAAAUACUGUGACUGUCUCUCCAUCCUUCCAUCUCUCUCUCUCAUCUGUCCUUACAGGUGACCAGUGCACAGGGACAAACCGCAGUGGAAGGGGGAACUUGUGACCCUGGAUUGUGUGUCUACUCUAGAGGUAGAAAUGAGGUCCCCCAUGGGAUGGCCUUGUGCCCCUGCAGAGAGCUGCUCUCCUCCAGGGACCAGCACAGGAACUCCUGUCUUCCAUCCUUCUCCUCCAGCCUCUGCCCUCUUGGUCCAGCCACCUGUUUCUGGUAGAGGAGGAUGGCAUGGAAGUCCUGUGUGCUCUCCGCCAUCGUGUGCUUGGGAUGCUGCAGGAACUAAGGCUUGGAGUGUAGGGAAUUACUGUGGGGAACCACUGGCUUUGGCCCAAAUGCCCAUUGUCACUUCUCUAAUAGGGUGUUGUCUCCUGUCCUGAGGGAGCAGGCACCAGCUACCCCAAAGCCCCUUGGCCCAUGCUCUGUGUUCCAUGACAUAACCUCUUCAUUGCUAGGUCCUCUGUUGGGAGAAAGAGUCCUUGGUUUUCUAUUCAGUUUGCAAACAAGAGGGAGAUAGUUUUGUUCCCCAUCUUCACAAACAGUAUUGGGGUUCUCAGUGGAACUGACAGGAGAUAUUUAGAAAUUCCUUUUGAUCCAUAGCUGCCUUCAUUUCCCACAGCCAGAGCAGGAGUGUUUUAAGUGCGGUCUGCACCAUGAGGUCCUGGCCUGCACACUUUAAGGAUCUCCACUGAAUUAGGGUAGGAGCGUGAAAGCAUUUCUAGGGAGGAGUUCGUGCCACUGCUCUGUCUUUUCGAGGCAUAAGGGGUGUUUUUCACAUCUGUGUUUUGGAGGUUUGCCUACAGUCAGUUCAGAGAGGGAGCUCUGCCAGUUGGCCCAAAGUUGGUGACAUCUGUUUGCAGCAGGACAGACCAAACCACGGAGUGUUUCGCUUUCUGCAUAGUUACUUCACAGGUGGGUCAAUAAAACCCAGUAAUCCAGCACAAAGUGAUUGGGGAUUAAGUCACAGUUUAUCCUCACAGCCUUCUCAAGAUAGGGUUUCUCGGACUUUCAUUUUAUAUUUUCCACCCUGGUGCUCUCUCUCCACCCGUGGGCCCCUCGGGCCCCUCUCCGUCCUUCCCUGCUGUCUGCCCCCAUCCGCAUAUCUGCUCCUUCCUCGCGUCCAGUCGGAGCUGGUCUUGGUGGCCCCAUCCCUAAGUUCCCUUUGGGUUUGGAAGGACAGCUGCUGUGGGUGGGAGUUGGGGGAUUACCUCUUGGGUCCACACCUUCCCCUCCUGUUAGCAGUGCGUUAGACUGUCCCCGUCCACCCCAGCUGCUGAGGAGACCUGGCUCCUGGCUCCCGGAGGUAACAGUCCUGUUCAGGAGGAGUCUUGAGCCCAACUCCUGUUAGGGUGGCCAUACUUCCUCAUCUUGUGGAAGCCACAUCGUGCAGCGGAUGAACUCAUUUGUCCCUUCCAGCUAAUGUUUGUGCACAAAAACCAUCGAGAUCGCUUGCUAAGAAUGACGUUGGGUAAUGAUCAGAAGGUGGUAAGAGAACUGAUUGAAAACCUUGUUCUUGUUUGGUACAAACUCAAACCAGAACAUGUUCUCUCUGAAGCAUGAAAAUAAGUUUUUCUCAUAGGAAGCUUCGCUUGAGGAUGGAAGAAUAAUCACAAUAGUCCGUGAACAAUGCAGCAGUAUCUUAGAGUACCCACAUUUAACGAUAGACUUGACUGAAUGUUGAACUGCAUUUUCCAUCAUUAAUUGUUGGUUUUAAAAGAACUUUACAACCUUUGAAAAAAACUUUUUAAAAGUUUGUAAAUUUUUUUAAUUUGAAGUUUAGUUACAUUCAUGCAAUUUUCCAAACUAGUUUCUGUGGAGAUUUUUUUUUAACAAAGAAAAACAAAUAGAAACAUCUGCAGAUCUUCCUAAGUGAAUAUUUAAAAUGCAGAAUUGCUCUGUUUCUGUACUCAGAUACUUAGGUCUGUUGUAUAUAUUAGUCUAGACAUUCUCACUAAUAUACACAGUAUUUAAGACUCUAAAUGAGAUUUCUUAAGUAUUUUGUUUUAUUCUCUGUAAAUGAUUUUGUAUAAUCUUUUAAAAUCUACACUUUGCCUUUGUAGAUAUUUAAGGGAAACCAUUUGGGAUUGUCUUGCAUGUAUAUUUUUGUUGUAGAUAAGUGUGGCUUAGUUCUUUUUGCAAAUUUUGGUUGAAAUGCUUAUAAACUUUAAUACAGUAUAUAUUUUCAGAAUAUAAACUUUUGUAUUUCUGUGGUAAGUUAGGAUAUGCGUUUUAGGCAAUCUUUUCCAUUAUUAUCACCCAUUCUUUCAUAAAAUAACAUACUGGUUUGGUGCCAAUGUUUUUAUUAUUAUUAUCAUCAUCAGAAUCUAAUGUUCUUAAAGUUGGAGAGAGGAGGCUGAUUUUCUUUUCCUUGAAGUAACUGAGUUUGACCUAUAUGAUUUGGAAAUGUGUUGAGUUUGUGAAUAAGCCUUACCACUAGGAUAAGUAAAUUCUCCAUCCUUUACAACUACCGUGGUAGUUUCAGAUCUUCCCAUAAAUUCUCACUGUGUGGCAGUUGAUGGAGUCUGUGAACAGAGCCUUAAGUGAGUUGCAAAAAGUAUAUAAAUAAAUAAAAUGCAAAAAAAAAGGAAAAAAAAUAAAAAGAAAAAAAAAACACUAAAGGGUAAUACGGGUUGUUUCUCACAUGCAGUGUAAGCCAUGGGUGGACUCAACGUAGUCUGCACUCCAUGGCUGCCUGGAGAGUUUGGUUGAGUUGAUGGCGGCAGGGACCAGAUAUAUACCUUGGUGACUGUCUUUGGCUGGCUGUCAGAUUGGACCAAGGAAAGGUUUUUUUUUUUCCUGGACCUACUUGGGCACUGUCCCAUGGUUAUACGUAGUCAUAGGGAGGAAUGCUGGUCCAUCGUUUUGUUCUGAACAAAUGGCAGUUCCUGCUUCUGAUCUGGCCAUUGCCUGACCCCAGGUUCCAUAUGGAUCACUUGGAAAUGUCCGGUCUGGCUAAGGUCAGCACUCCUGGAGAUAUGUGAGCAGAGUUUACAUACGAAUCUUACUGUGUAGACAAUCGGAAAGUUGGUUUUAGUUACACAAUCAGCAUUCCCAUGUGUCUUCAGUGUCUUAUUGAUGAACUGUGCAUGCCAAGCCAUACUAAAUUGGAGUUUAGCAGGACGGUAGGCAGACUAGUUACAGAAAACACACACACUUAACAGGUUGGUGAUGCCAGGACAGUUUCAGUGGAGCAGAGCUCAUGGGCCCAUGGUGUCUGGGACCUGAUCAAGCCAACUACCAUUUGAACUUAAUUUUCAAAGCAAUUCAAUUCAUUUGGGUUGAUUACUCUUCAAUAGUUACCAUCAACUUGGUUCUUGUCCUUAACAGCAAGAGCUCUUGAGUCCAGGAUUGGAAUGUGGCUGCAGUGGUUGGGUUCAUAUCUAGUAAAUGUUUGGAAAGUCAAAAGUUCACAGGCUUUGGGAUAAAGAUUUGCUCCCCAUUAUUGCAGUGUGCAUGGGAGCCAGGAGAACCCACAUAUAGUUGGAAGCUUCAGCUCUGGUCCGACACUGAUUUGACCUUACUUCGUUGGCCCAACAUCUGGCUCAAUGGUAGAGCUCAUUUAGUUGACUCUGGGAAGUUCAGAGGGUGUAUGGAGUUUUCCAUCUUGUAUUUAAUUUGUCCCUGUGCCAUUAGUCUCAUCUUGAAGUCAUUUGCCAAUGUCUACAUUGACAGGAUUGUGAAAAUAUUGCCUUUCAUAAAACCAAGGACCAAAGAAUUCCAUUAUUCCAACAAAGCAUGAGUCUCUCGGACUGUGAGCACAUCUGAACAGGGAUGUGCGUACUCGAGGGAUUACAGGAAAGCAGUCACUCCCACUGUCUCAUGCUCCCCCUGGCUGACCACGUUGAGAAGGCUCUGGAAGGCGAGUUUCCAAGAUUGAAACUCAUGAUCUCAGGUGGAUAUUUCUGCUGUAUAGUGUUGAGCCUUGAUUAAAAAAAAUUUUUUUUUGUAUUAUAAAAAAGCAUAGAUCUGGCAUUUCUGCAGACUAUUUGACCGGUGUAGACCAUGAGCCUUCAGCAUGCGUGUUAUAAGUAUGUCUACACUGGGUGGUGGGAGCCUGCACUUGCCAGAUUUCUCCCUCCUUUUGUUCUUCAUGGUCACAUUCCGAUUCUUGUUUGACCUGAGAAGAGUCCUCUUCCGUUCUCAGGCAGAGUGAUGCUCUACUCUCGUUCAUGAGGGAAGCAUUGAUCCACUAACCAAUUAAGAGAGAUGGUUGCUGAAGGAGUGGCAUUCUAUUGGUAAGGCUUAUUGCCAAACUUCUGAUAAUGAAGCAGGCUACCAAAAAUGUAUCCAGCCCACCCUAGGAGUGCUUGGACUGAUCAAGGAUGUAGCACACACACCAAAACCCACGGAGACCUUUGCAGAUUUGGCCACUCUUUUGUUUUUCCAGUUUCUCAUGGGAGAGUCUUUCACUAGUUCUAAAUAUUUGUAAGUAUGGGUACUUCAUAGAAUUCUAAAGCAUUCACAGUCUACCCUUUCUCACCAUGCUGUAAAUAUUCACUGAGACUGGGUACAGAACUGAGGGAUAAUAAUCUUCUGAUUUAUCAAACGCUGGCUGUCUAGAACAAAUUGUACAACCUCUUUGUGAAUGGUCCUGUAACGUGUAUGAACACAUUUCUGGGUGCCUUAGAAGUUGUAUUUUUCAUGUGUGCUAAUAUGCAGUAUUUAUACAUUGUGAGAAGCUGCUUUGAAUAAAAAGGUCAAAACUU